AUGAAGGAUAGUACAGAUGACCAGCAUCCUGUUAAUAUCAGUUACAUUGAUCUUGCAGUAGUCAAAUACUUGCAGAAGACCAUUACCAAGAAGUUUCUACUCCUAGAAGCACAUCAAGUUGGUAGCAGCUGCCUAAGUGGGCAUGAACUGCUUGAUACAAGCCUGUGCAUUUUAGGAACUGAUCAAACUAGAAAUAGAGUUUUAUCAUUCAUUUAUGAAUUUGAAGUUUUAACUAAACUUCCAAGAAAUAAGUCUUCAAGCACUGGAAUAAAAGUUAAAUGUAAAGUGGAAAUUGGUUAUCUUUCUCAAGAUCAGAAAGUUAUAUUGGCUCACUCCUUUGAAGGAUUUGAAUACAAUGGUAUAAAUCCACUGGAUUACUAUGUUUCAUCAAAUGGAUUGACAGAUGUCUAUGCAAAAGAGAUUACAAGCAUAGCUAAAUUUCAGCAAAGGAAUGGGAAUAUUAAAGAUACCAAGUUUCCACCACAUACCUCAAAUUUUGCUUGUAACUUCUAUCUUGAAAUAAUUAAUGCUCUACAUUAUACCACUAACACUGAUCAAAUCACCUUCAAUGUAAAAGAGGGGAAUCCUGCCAAUGACAACAACAACAUAAAAUUCCUGCAGCUUGACCUUUUGCGCAUAUCAAAUGAAACAAAUAUUUUUGACUCAUUACAUAAACAGCACGCUGAUGGCCCAAAAAAGAGAUGCCUCAUAUUUCAUUCAAUUCCAUUUGUUGGUAAUGCCAAUGCACUUAAAUUCCUAAGGUAUAAGACCGCAAGGAGAAUCAGCAGCACUGAGGCAGCAGAGAUUCUGCUUUUGUUCCUUCAUUUGUGCAUUGCUUCUGAAGAUGUCUUACAAGAAGCAAUGGGAAGUAUCAUUGUGACAGGGGUUCUCAAAGGCCCAGCAAGUCUGUAUCGCUCAAGUAUUGCCUUGGCCUAUGGAACAUUGCUGCACAGAUAUUAUCCUCUGACUGGCUAUUUGGAAAGUAAAGCAGUUCAAGAAUCUCAUGCAGAAGAUCUUAUCGUGCUUCCAAAGUCCUAUGGAAAUGUGGGAGUGUCAGUUGUCCUGAAACGCACCAUGAAGUUCAUUCCAACAUCAGCUUCUUCUGCUGAUUCAAGAAUAGGCCAUAAUGCCAUCUUAGCACUAAGAAAUCUGGGCAAGAGAUAUCAUCUGCAAGUAGAAAGAAGUGUAUGGGGCAUGCAGGUGGAAAAUUUCGUCUACACUCACCUGUCUGCAUUGGCCAGAUGCACAGAUCCUGAUUUCCAAGUGAUUGGUGAUGAUCAUUAUCAUGAAGAUCAUAAUGAUAAAUACCAUUUCUUACGUGCAACUAGCUCCUUGGGUAUUCUUUUAUGCAUCUUUAUCGAAUCUCUUCUGGCUGGUGCAGCAGUGAAGACUGUCCUGCUACAUAAAGAUGGGAGCCUGUUUCCAAUAUUCACAAUGGCUAAAGCCAAGAUGGGCAUGGAAUCUCGAGGAAUGUUAGAAAAGGCAUAUGCAGCACACAAACAAGUCAAGACAUCUCCUGUUUCACCAGAACUUCAAGAAAGGGUAAAUGACAAUCAAAAAUAUACAGCAUUUAUAGCUUUAAGGGAAUAUUUAAAGCAGCAAAUGGCUUGGGCCCAGAAUACCUUCCAUACGAGCCUGCCUAAUAUAUUUAACACAUCUGCUAUCACUCAUAAUAUUGAAGAGGCACCAGUUACUAAGUCAACUCCUGUUUAUUUUCCUGAAACAACUUCUAACAUGUUGAAGCAGCCCUUUGAUUCUUCAUCCACUGAAGGAAAUAAAAGAAUAAACUUUUUAGAUGAACUUUUUUUUCUUCAAAAAUGGUGUAAUACUUUUAUAGAGAAGAGAACUGGUGACACAGUUUCUUCAGAAACCAAGACAACAGAAAAGAUUCAUUCACCAAGGCAGUCAGAACAUCAUUUAGCUCACCUAAAUAAGUGCUUUGAAAUCUGUACCUUUGGAUGUAAAGCUUGCAUUGAAUUUUUAUAUGCUGGAUGUAUUGACAGGGGUUCUCUGUCCAACAUACUUAGUGAACAUGCUUUAAAAUUAAGCAACUUGCCAGCCAUUAAGAGGGAAGAAAAGUUACAAUUGACUGUUGAAGGAGGUGCUCGUGCUGCUGCACAGUUGGUGCAUUUGUUGAGAAAUGGAAAAGAAGAGUUAGAGAAAAACCCAAUUCAGGACGGAAGGAACGGCUAUCACUCCUGUGAGGGUUCUGACAGUUCCAUGAGCAAUGAUUCGCAGGAGUGGGCUUUGAAGCAAGCAUCAGUUGAAAAGGGUGGACAAUAUCAGCAGCAAGAACAUGAUGAGAAGGACCAAUUUAACCGAGAACAUUUUACUAAGACAAGUAAGAAGGCCUGUUCAGCUGCUGAGAUUAGCAACAGCAGUGGUGGUGACAGCAGUCCCACCACUAGCAGUGGCAGCCACAUUCCUUUACCUGAUAUAAGCCAUGAUUUUAGGCAGCAAAGAAGCAGUAUAAUGCCAUUUAAUACGACUAAAAUCCAUGAAGAGUCACUUAUACCUUAUUUAACUGUUGUGGCUGAAGCAGUUAGGACUGACAAGGAAGAACAGGGCUACAAAUUUUCAGUGUUCACAAAGAAGGAAACCUACAAUAUUCACAUCAGACUGGUUCCAAGUGAACUUGUUGAAAGUAACUUUAGAGCAUGUUUAGAUGGUAUUGUGUCACCUUUCUCAUUCCAGUUAAUGAUACAACUUCAGUUAUGGGACAGUAUAGAAAUACAAAUAAUUGAUCCUGAUAGGAGUUCUCUGAGUCUGGGAAACAGAUGCCGGGAUUACAAAUUUGAAGUAAAAGCUUCUGAAGGUACACUUGAGAGGCACAGAGCCUUCUAGCUACUCAUAACAUCCGCAAAGGUGCCAUCCAUACCAAAAAAACAUUCUUGGGCUAUGGAAGUCCUUCCUGGUCUUGCAUAUAUUCAUGGUUUCUCAGCAGGUUAUCAGAAGAAUCCUUCACAUGAGCUUCUUUUGAGAAUGGUUACAUUGUCUCCAGAUGCAACCGCUGCAAUCAUUAAAAUUCCUCAGCAGUCAUUCACAUGCCUAAAUGAUACUGCGGAACAAAAGGUGAUAUAUUGUCAAUCACAAAGAAUUUGUUGUUCAAGUUCAUCCUGGUGGGUAGGUAAAGAGAGAAUUACAACUUUUGACAAGACAAUAUUCAGAAGUACUGUUGAAAAUAAUGACUGUGACCUUCUAGUAGCUCAAGCCUGCAGCAAAAAUGCAAAUUAUAACCCACAAUUCCUUAUAUGGACGACACAGAUCAGCCCUGAUCAUCCAAGGAAGGUUAUGCUCAGAGUUUGUAUUAAAAUCUUGCCUAAUUUAGAAAAAUUACAUGUGUUGUGUAAUGGAAAACAAAUGCUACCAAAUGGACAGCUGUGUGCGAACUGUGCAGAGAACAUUGAAAUUUGCAACAUUGACAACACUGCUUGGGUCAUGGCUCUAGAAUAUGGCCAGAUCAAAGUAACUUCAGAGAUGAGAGGCAAGAUCUGUGGGCUCUGUGGAGACAACAAUGGAGAAAUAAGGAAUGAAGGCCAGAUGCCAAAUCAGCAGCUUGCAGUGAGAGACAUUGAUUAUUUAUAUUCCCGGAAAGUAUCAGGCAGUUGUGCUACAGAAACUGAAAUGACCUUGUCUGGGUCUGAGAAGACAUUGGCAGUACAAUUCUGA